AAGCCAGAAAGCAAUAAAUAGAAAAAGGUUAUUCCAUUUGAGCAGCAAGGUUUGCAUGUUACUUAUAGCUCUUUUUCUGUUCAAGAUCACACUUUCUAAAUUUUUGCCGCUCUAUAAUUAAUGUCACUGUUACAUUAUGUGUUUACACCACUCAUUUUAAAAUUCGGUACAUAAAAUAAAAAAUAUAAUUUCUUUUAAAAUUUGAAUGGAUGAGAUCUUUUUGUAUUUACUAUUUGACGGUUGAGAAUCUAUUUUUUAAUAUUAUUUUUAUUUGUUGUAUAUAUAAUAGUAUUAUAAUAAAAAGAUAAUUUAUGGGGUGGUGUGUGUCUUUUGGUGGAGGAAUGCUUGUUACCUACUCCUUUUAAGUUGUCAUUUUUUGGCCUUAAAACUUACUACUAAUAUGUUUGUUUGUUGAGAGAGAAAAAGAGAGAGAAUAAGUAAGAGAAAGUAAAAUUGUUGAAGUUGGUGAUAAUGGAAAGACACAAAUGCAAGCUAUGUUCAAGGACUUUUAGCAAUGGAAGAGCACUUGGUGGACACAUGAAGGCUCAUCUUGCCAUAGCUAGGUCUCAGAAACAACAAACUCUUUUGUUCUCAAGCUCUUCAUCAGAAUCAGAACAAGAACAAGAACAAGGAAAAAUAUGGAUUGGUUAUGGUUUGAGAGAGAAUCCAAGGAAGAGUCUGAAAACUGCAGAUCCUGGAUUUUCUUUGAAACAUGACCAAACUGAGUCUGUUAUUGUUCAAGAUAGAGAAAGUGAGACUGAGUCGAAGAACAAUCCGACUCGUCAACAACGAUCCAAACGGACCAGAAAACUCAGCAGCAGCAACAACAACAACGGGAAUUUUGAAUUGAAGAAACCGAAGAUGAGUUUCACUGUGAGAACAACUCUGUCAACAUUCAAUGAUACUGAACCUGUUGAACCUGUUGAACCUGUUGAACCUGUGAGUUCAGUUUCUGAUACUUCUCCUGAAGAAGACGUUGCUAUGUGUCUCAUGAUGCUGUCAAGAGACAAAUGGAGCAGGAGGAACAGCAACAUCAACAAUGCGGUGGAACAACAAGAAGAAGAGGGAUCGGUGGAGAAAAUACCGGAGGCGAAGUUGUUGAAACGAGUUCGAGGAAAGCAUUUAUGUGAAAACUGUAGGAAAAUGUUCCGGUCUUCAAGAGCAUUGGGAAGUCAUAGAAGUGUUUGUUGUCGCCAUGAAGCGUCAAAUGGUAACAGUAACUAUGACAAGAUUUUCAAAUGUCCGUUUUGUUUCAAGGUGUUUGGUUCCGGUCAAGCACUCGGUGGUCACAAGAGAUCUCAUUUGAUUCCUUCCUCGUCUAACUCGGCAGCCAAUGUUAAUGUUAAUGUUAAUCUUCCGGCUAGAUUCAAAGAGAGUUUCAUAGAUCUCAAUUUACCAGCUCCGCUCGAAGAAGAAGACGAUCUUAGCGUCGUUUCAGAAGCCUAAUUGUGUGGCUAUUUAAUAUUGGUUAAUUAUUAGUACUAGUACUUCUUAAUUUGUUGGAAUUGGGUAAAAUAGUUUUAAUUCAUAGAUCAAAUGCUUUUUGAUUCUAUAAUGGUAGAUGAGUGUUAGUUAUGAUUUUCACCAACUGCUCUGCUAUGUGUAAUUCAGUUACAUCAUGAAUUGGUAGUAAAAAAAAAACAGUUGAAGUUUCUCCAA